AUGGACCCCGUCAUCAUUACGCCGGAUGACGUAGCUGAGGCGGUCCGUAGGGCCCCGAACUGGAAAAGUCCGGGACUCGACAGACUGCAUCACUACUGGCUGAAGGGGUUCGUGGUGUGUCACGCUGUUCUCGCCCGACAGUUUCAAGAGGCUCUCGACCAAAAGUCGCUCCCGAGCCUCUUCACUACUGGGAUCACUCAUUUGGUUCCUAAAGACCGAGAUUCCACAGACCCGAGCAAAUACCGCCCCAUAACGUGUCUACCUACCAUAUACAAGCCACUGACAUCCAUUUUGAGCGCGAGAAUCACUCGUCACCUGAACUCAAAUCAGGUGAUGUCGCGCGCUCAAAAUGGAUGUCGGGGCGGCGGUCGUGGAACCAAGGAACCACUCCUCAUUGACGCGGUCAUUGGCAAGGUGGUUAAACGCAACCGUCGGAACCUCUCCGCCGCCUGGAUAGACUACAAAAAGGCAUUCGACUCGGUGCCUCAUACAUGGCUGAAGAGGGUCCUCGAGCUGUACAAGGUUGACUGUACAGUUCGAGACUUCCUCGGGCAGUGUAUGGGGCAGUGGAGUACGAUCCUUUGUCAUCUAGGCGAGCGGAUGCCGGCUGCGGAGAACCACAUAAGGAUAAGAAGGGGUAUCUUCCAGGGCGAUUGUCUGAGUCCAAUCUGGUUCUGCCUCUCUCUGAACCCUCUUAGUACCUUACUGGAGGGUUCCGGGAGGGGAUUUCAGCUUCGGAGAGGAGGUACAAAAGUGACCCACCUUUUCUAUAUGGAUGAUCUCAAGUUAUACGCCUCCAGUCGCUCUCAUCUUAUGGAAUUGCUAAACAUCACUUGUGAUUUUAGCAAUUCUAUUAGAAUGGAGCUGGGGACGGAUAAGUGUGCGGUCCUCCAUGUCGAAAGGGGUAGGGUUGCUAACUCUGAGGGCAUAGACUUAUCUAUGCCCAUCAACAUAAAGACCCUAUCCGAGGCUGAAACAUACCGAUACCUGGGUAUGUCACAGAACAUAGGUAUCGAUGAGGCGGACAUGAAACGGUCAGUUUACGGUGUGUUUUAUGCACGCUUGACAAAAGUGCUUAACAGUCUUUUGUCGGGCGUUAAUAAGGCACAUGCAUAUAACGGUUGGAUCAUGCCUGUUCUCAUGUAUACCUUUGGCAUGCUCAGGUGGACUCAGACCGAACUGAACGCUCUGGACAGAAAAGUCCGCACUAUAAUGACGUCCCACAGGAUGCAUCAUCCGAGAUCGUCAGUAAUGAGGCUGCACUUGCCGCGGAAGCAUGGUGGGCGCGGCUUUUUAAGCGCGCUUACCAUGCAUAAUCGCGAAGUGUGCAGCCUCCGUAAUUACUUUCUGACGUGA